CACAUCCUAUCAACAAUAUUGAUUGAGAGCAUCAUGCGGGAAACUGUCACAUUGUUCAAAUAUGUCUGGAAGAUAUCAAGUAAGAGAACUGUGGCAACCUCCGACACCCGCUCUCCUCGAACUGUCUCUCGAACGUUGCGCCCUGGUCUGAGUUAUAGUGAUGAUCUCUUCAUUUACACUCGCGGUCGGUUUGUCUGUGAUGAGAAAGGUGAGAUGUUACAGCGCCAAGUCCGUUUCAAUGUCAACGAGCUAGCCCGUUGUGCCGCCGAAGCUAUCGGAGCACGGUCAUGUGUUACCAUAGAAAAACAUCCAGACGGCAUGUACAACAAGAGUAUGCUUUGCACCAUGGAUAAUGGCUCGCAAGUUGUGGCCAAGGUUCCAAAUCCAAAUGCUGGUAGGCAGCACUAUACCACCGCAAGCGAAGUUGCGACAAUGGAUUUCGCGCGAAACAAUCUCGGAACUCCUAUUCCUCGAGUCUUGAGUUGGAGUUCGAAAGCCCAAGAGAAUCCCGUUGGCGCAGAAUACAUCAUCAUGGAAAAGGUGGCAGGAACCGAACUAGAGCAGUUUUGGCCGAACAUGGCCAUCAAAGAUAGAUUCACUAUCGUGAAGACCAUUGCUGGUUUCCAGAAAGCCUGGACUUCAGUUUCAUUUAAGAAGUUUGGAAGUUUAUAUUAUUCGAAUGAUUUAGACGCAACAACUGAAGGCGAGGAGCUGUACGUCGAUGCAAAUGGCGUGGGCAUUACAGAUAAAAAAUUCGCUAUUGGUCCAUCUACAGGACGCGAAUCAACCGACAAUGGGAGAGCGACUAUCAACUUUGAUAGGGGGCCAUGGCGUUCUCUAGAGGCAUACCACACUGCAAUUGGGCACCGAGAGGUAGCCUGCAUCAGCCAACUUCCUCACCUGCCUAAGUCUCCAAUAACCCUUUGCGGUCCAGGGACAUACCAGCCAACGAGAGAAAGGAAGCUGAGGGCUUUGGACUGCUAUCUUAAGUUGAUUAGGUUCCUCCUCCCUACAGAUCCAGCUAUCUCAUCGGCGCAUCUCUGGCAUGGUGACCUACACGUUGCUAACAUCUUCGUCGAUCCUUCUGAGCCUACUAAGGUUGUAGGCCUCAUAGAUUGGCAAUCUACCGAGAUAUCUCCUCUCUAUUUCCAAGCCCGCCAACCUCAGAUCAUUGACUACGAUGGCCCUUCUGUCUACGGUUUGGAGCGGCCACAGCCACCAAGUAAUAUGGAAAGGCUUGAGGAAAGCGCAAAGAAGAAAGCCGAGAGUUUGUACUUACAGCAAUCGCUCUGCUCUCUAUACAAUACUCUGACACACGGCCGAAAUCCACGGCUUUACGCUGCGCUUCAGUUCCAGCAAACGACAAGCUACCUACUUUUACUCUUGGCACGUAAUCUCCUUAUCGAUGGCGAGGCAUCCUACCUGAUGCAAGUUGCAGAAUUAGACAAAACAUGGGACGCUCUUCCUGGAGCUAAAGACUCGAUUUAUCCUUUCUCGUUCUCAACGAAGGAGCGAGAAGAAAUUGAGGCCGAGGUUGAAGGUGUGGUUCGAGGUAUGGAGGCGAUGCGUUUGAUAAGGGACAGCAUGGGUGAAUUAUUCCCUGAACAGGGAAUAGUGAAGCCAGACCAAUACGAAGAGACUUUACACGCAUUAGCGCAGCUCAAGGACCAGAUUAUUGAAAAAUUCGCCAACACUGAGCAAGAAAGAGAAGUAUGGCAAAUGAUGUGGCCUUUUGGGGCCUGAAAGUCCACCUGGGAUGUUGCUACGAUAUCGCGACCGAAAGUCAUGGCGUAGGAUCUUAUCACUGCCUCGCGCGUGGGCGUUGGUAUCCGGUCUAUGACCGAUGAACCGGGGGAAGGUAUUCGGCAACGCUGGUCUACUUCUGAGCGAUCAGCGGCAGCGUUUGGGCGAAUAUGUGACGGAGGAGAGUGGGUUGCUUGCCUCUUGAAACGCAAAGCUUGAUUAUACAAGUAAGAGUAGGGUGAGAAUCGACGAGGGCAACCACAAAACUCAAGCGCUCCAUCAACGCA